CGGUGACGUCACCAGUAUGCGUCUCAAAGUGUGAUGGCGGCCUGCAUGUCCGCAGGAUGAAGUCUCCGUCAAAGUACAACUUAGAUCUUCAUUUUUCACUCUAAAUACAACUUUUAUCUUCAUUUUUUCUUCCAAGACCGCGAUAUGAUGAUGAUUUCUUCGUUGGUGCGCCGAGUUGGCCGCCUGGUGCACCCAACGCUACUUCUGGCUACAAGCCCCGCCCCCCUGCACCCCUGCAGGACGCUGGCCUCCAAGCAGGUCAAAGGUAACUGGAAGGAGCAGAGGCCAAAGGUCAACAGCAAAAAAAAAAAGGAAGUGGAAAUCCGGAAGGAGCAGAGGCCUAAGGUCAACAGCAACAAACAGGAAGUGGAAAUCUGGAAGAAUAUGACGGUGGAGGAGCUCGCUCGCGCCAUGGACCGAGACUUUGAUCACAUUGUGGAGGUGCUGCUGAAUACGUCGCUGGAUGUGGACUAUCUGGAGCCAGACUCGGUUCUGGACGAUAUGUGGAUCAAAGAGGUGGUGAAGCGCUCAGGAAUGAAGAUGCAAUGGGCCAAACUGCGAGAGAGCCCAGAAAGAGAGUACAGAGAUGCCGUGCCACGACCUCCGGCGGACCAGAGCAGAAUGGUGCCGCGCCCCCCAGUGGUGACCAUCAUGGGUCACGUGGACCACGGCAAGACCACGCUGCUGGAUAGUCUGAGGAAAAGCCAGAUUGCCGCCACGGAAGCCGGCGGCAUCACGCAGCACAUCGGAGCCUUCCGAGUGGAGUUGCCCACUACAGGUGAGACCAUCACCUUCCUGGACACGCCCGGUCAUGCCGCCUUCUCCGCCAUGAGGGCGCGUGGAGCCCACGCCACAGACUUGGUCAUCCUGGUGGUGGCGGCCGACGACGGCGUGAUGAAACAGACGGUGGAAUCCAUCCAGCACGCCAAGCGGGCCGCAGUACCAAUCAUCGUAGCGGUCAACAAGUGCGACAAACCUCAGGCCGACCCUCAGAGGGUCAAACGGGAACUCCUGGCUCACGAUGUGGUCUGCGAGGAGUUGGGAGGAGACGUUCAGGCCAUCCACAUCUCCGCCCUCAAGGAGGACAACCUGCUUGCUCUGGUGGAGGCCACGCUGGCCCUGGCAGAGGUGCUGGAGCUGAAGGCGGAGCCUGAUGGCCCAGUCGAGGGCGUGGUCAUCGAGAGUCGCACGGACAAAGGCAGAGGUCCCGCCACGACUGCCAUCGUCCAGCGGGGGACGCUGAAGCGAGGCUGUGUCCUGGUGGCAGGGAGGACUUGGGCAAAGGUGCGCUACCUGUUUGACGAGAAGGGCCAAGUGGUCAAAGAGGCGGGGCCAAGCAUGGCGGUGGAGGUGAUUGGCUGGAAGGAGCUUCCGCCUGCCGGCGAUUCCAUCUUGGAGGUGGAGUCUGAGCAGCGAGCCAGAGAGGUGGUGGACUGGAGGAACCGAGAGGCGGAGCUUCAGAGGAUGAGGGCGGAGCAAAGCGUCAUCCAGGUGAAACAGAAAGAACACCUGGAUGAGUACAGGAAGCAGAGGGAGGGGCUGACCCACCUCUCCUGGCGCCAAAGGAACUUCCUCCAGUACCAAAACACCAAGGGCAAGCUGAGGUCCAGCGAGAAGACGUCCCACGCCGACCUCAGCCUGCCGCUCAUCAUCAAAGCUGAUGUGGACGGCUCUUUGGAGGCCAUCUUGAGUAUUGUGGACACCUACGACGCCCAGGACCAGUGUGGACUGGCGGUGGUUCACUCUGGCAUCGGCGACGUCUCCGAAAAUGACCUCAACAUGGCGGUGACUUUUGGAGGCAGCGUGUACGGCUUCAACGUGGCGGCCAGCAAGUCCAUCCAGCAGAUGGCGGCGAGGCAGAGUGUCCCACUGAAGCUCAACGCCAUCAUCUACCAGCUGGUUGAGCAGCUGAAGGCGGAGCUUAACAGCAAGUUGCCGCCACUCCUACACCACAACGCUGUGGGUGAGGCGACGGUGCUGGCGGUGUUCCAUGUGACGCAGGGCAAGAAGAAGAUGGCGGUGGCUGGCUGUCGAGUUCACAAAGGUCAGCUCAAUCGCCAGCUGCGCUUCCGUCUGCUUCGAGGCGGAGAGACGCUGUGG